AUGCAGUUGUACCGCGCUUCUCGUCGGCCUCUUCCCCUUCAGACGGGCGAUGGGACCUAUCCGGCGGUUAAGAACAGACCUACUCUGAUGCAGGAUUUGAGCACGCUCACUUUCCAAGACCUCAAAACGCUCAAGUCAAUCAUCGUCUCAAAGCUCAAGGGCGAGAUGCAGACCGAUGACAAGACAAUGGUCAUGGAAAAGACAAUCCAGCUGGUUGCUAGGCUGCCAGGGGCAUCCAAGAGACAGGAGAAGCUCACCAACGUCUUCAUUGACGAGCUGUGGUACUCGCUGGAUCACCCCCCGUUGCUGUACAUGGGAGAUCAAUUCCGCUUCCGCCAAGCUGAUGGAUCCAACAACAACCCGCUUAUGCCCAAGUUAGGUGCCUCUGGUACCCCCUAUUCGCGCUCAUGCCGGCCUGGAGUGUUGCCCCUGGGAGCGAUGCCCGACCCUGAAGCCAUCUUCGAGGGCAUCAUGGCCAGAGACAAGUUUAUCAAGAAUCCCAACAACGUGUCGAGCAUCUUGUGGUACUGGGCGACCAUUAUCAUCCACGAUCUGUUUUGGACCAACGAAAAGGACUCCAACAUCAACGACUCGUCUUCCUAUCUCGACCUGUCCCCCCUCUACGGCCACAGCCAGGAAUCCCAAAACUCAGUCCGCACAUUCAAAGACGGCAUGCUGAAGCCGGAUACCUUUGCCGACAAGCGCCUCCUGGGCAUGCCCCCCGGCGUCUGUACCCUCCUCGUCAUGUUCAACCGCGUCCACAACCACGUUGCCGCCAACCUGGCCGCCAUCAACGAAGCCAACCGCUUCACCAAGCCCUCGCCGUCCCUCCAGGGAGACGCCGCGACGGCUGCCUGGAAGAAGUACGACGAGGAGCUCUUCCAGACGGCGCGGCUGGUGACGUCGGGCCUGUACAUCAACAUCACGCUGGUCGACUACGUGCGCAACAUCAUCAACCUCAACCGUGUGGACACGGAGUGGACGCUGGACCCGCGGCAGGAGGCUGGUGUCGACGUCGGCACGGCCAAGGGCUCCGAGCGCGGCGUGGGCAACUGCGUCUCGGCCGAGUUCAACCUGUGCUACCGCUGGCACUCGUGCAUCUCCGAGAUGGACGAGGAAUGGAUCCACGCCUUCUACGACGACCUGCUGGGAGACAACUACGGCACCAUGGACAUGCGCACGCUCAUGAUCGCCGUCCACAAGUUCGCCCGGGCCCUGCCCAAGGACCCGGCCGACUGCGUCUUCGGCGGCUUCACGCGCGGCGCCGACGGCCGCUUCGAUGACGACGACCUGGUCAACUGCAUCGCCACGGCCAUCGAGCAGCCCGGCGGCUCGUUUGGCGCGCGCAACGUCCCGCGCAUCAUGAAGCCCGUCGAGAUGCUCGGCAUCAUCCGCGGCCGCAAGUGGCACCUCGCCGGCCUCAACGAGUUCCGCAAGCACUUUGGCCUCAAGGGCUACGAGACGUUCGAGGACAUCAACUCGGACCCGCGCGUCGCCGACGCCCUGCGCAACCUGUACCAGCACCCGGACCACGUCGAGCUGUACCCGGGCAUCGUCGCCGAGGAGGCCAAGACGCCCAUGGUCCCUGGCGUCGGCAUCGCCCCGACCUACACAAUCUCCCGCGUCGUCCUGUCCGACGCCGUCGCCCUCGUCCGCGGCGACAGGCACUACACCACCGACUACAACCCCAUCUACCUCACCAACUGGGGCUACAAGGAGGUCGAGUACGACCUCAAGGUCAACCACGGCUGCGUCUUCUACAAGCUCUUCAUCCGCGCGUUCCCCAACCACUUCAAGCACGACUCCGUCUACGCCCACUACCCCAUGGUCAUCCCGCAGGAGAACCGCAAGAUCCUGUCAAGUCUCGGCCGCGUCCACCGCUUCAGCUUCGAGCGGCCCCGCGCAGCAGCUCCCCGCGUCGACAUCACCACUUUUGGCGGCUUCAAGCAGGUAGUCCUCGACAGCCAAGACAAGUACCGCGUCCAGUGGCAGGAAGGGCUCGAGAUGCUCUCCGGUCGCCCGGGCCGCUACAUGCAGCCGAGCGACCGCAAGACGCUCGAGUCGCUGCUCUACAAGGACGACUGGCGCAACGCCGUCAGGGGCUUCUACGCGAAGACGGCCGAGGCGCUGCUGGCGGACAAGGCGUACACCAUCAUGGGCAAGAAGCACAUUGACAUCGUCCGCGACUUUGGCAAUGCCGCUCACACGCGGUUCGCCGCUCACGUCUUCAACAUCCCGCUCAAGACGCGCGAGAACCCCAAGGGCGUCUUCUCCGAGCACGAAUUGUACACCUCCCUGGCCGCUGUCUACACAACCAUCUUCCUCGACAUUGACCCCGUCAAGUCCUUCCCACUGCGGCAAAAGUCAAAGGAAGCUGCGGAUGUUCUGGGCGCGGCCAUCGAGACAGCCGUCAAGUAUACAAAAUCCUUUGGCCUCCGCCUCUUCACCGGCAACACCAACAAGGACGCUCUUUCGACCGCCGGCGUCAACGCCGUCAAGGCCCUGGCCAAGUCGGGUCUGAGCGCCCAUGAUAUCGCCUGGGGCUUGAUUCUGCCCACAGCCACAGCUAUUGUCCCAUCUGAAGGCCGCCUCUUCGCCCAAUCCCUCGACUUCUACCUCUCCCCCGAAGGUAGCCCCUACAUCGACGACCUCCACGCCCUCGCCGCGCAAGAGCCCAGCCCCGAGUCCGACGCCCUCCUCCUCGGCUUCGCCAUGGAAGGCGUCCGCCUGGCCGGCGCCUUCGGCCUGCACCAAGUAUCCACCGGCACCGACACCAUCGUCGAGGACGACGGCCGCCGCGUCAACGUCAGCCAGGGCGACCGGGUCUUCGCCUCGUUCGCCUCCGCGGCCCGCGAUCCCGCCCAGUUCCCGAACCCGGACGCCGUCGACCCCCGCCGCCCGCUCGACUCGUACAUCCACUUCGGCGCCGGCACGCAUGGCAGCGCCCUGGCCAAGGAGGUCAGCCAGAUUGCGCUGACGGAGCUCUUCCGCGCGGUCUUCCGGAGGCAGGGGCUCAGGCGGGCCGCCGGGCCGCAGGGCGAGCUGAGGAAGGUCCCUCGGGAGGGCGGCCACUGCGAGUACUUGACUGAGGACUGGGGGACGCUUACGCCGUUUCCCAUGUCGAUGAAGGUAGCUUGGGAUAAUUAGC